AUGGCUUCUUGUGACUCUCCUGAUGCAUUCUCUUGGCUUCAAACUCUUCCUCCUCUCUCGCAAUGGAAAAGAAAUUCAAUGUCCAUGUGCAUUUGCUCUCCAAAUUCAUCACAUCCAUCUUUAAACUUCUUUCUUACUCGUAUAACUUCUCAAUCUCCAAACAUAUUCACCUUCUCUAUAGUAGCCGAUUUCAAGAUUCCUAUAUCUCUCUUUGUUUCAAAACCUAUAAGAAUCAUUGGUUCUAAUUCAAACAAGUUCCUUAAUGAAAAUGUCAUCUCUUCUCUAUUGAUGGGCUUUGUAGACAUAGUUCUCAACUAUAACGUUAAGAGAACUGUUUGCUCAAUCCAAAUCCAAAACCUUGGUUCGACUUCUAACCUCAAAGACGUUUUCAACCUCGCGUUCUUCACUUUCGUGUUCCUCAUAUGCAUCUACGAAGCGCCUACGAGCCUACGAACAACUUGUCUCAAAACAGUGAAAGAUCAGCUUGUUACUUGUAGGUCAAGGCAGGGUUCUAAGUUACUCAUGGUGCAACUAGGCUCUAACCUUGAAGAACAAUGGAUGAGAUCGCUGAAUCUUGCGAUAACCAAUUGGAUCAUCGAGAUCAAAGCGUUUCAGCAUCUCAAGUCGCCUUCUCCUUUGUUUUCGUAUGCUUUCUCGACUCAAGGUUUGUGGAAAGUUCAUAUGUAUUGUCCUGUGGUAGCAAUGGAAAUGGAGAACGUAAAUAGUGCUUUAACCGAUGAGAGAUUGUUCUUCUCGCUCAACUAUCAUCAGCUUGAAGGUGUGAUCCAAUUCAACCACAAGAUUUACGUUCGUGAGAAGUGGUUUAGCAUCGCAGUGAAUAUUGACAACGUCAGGUGCGACAUAAUAAGGCUUGUGAACGAGACACUUCUAUCAGAACGCGGCAUGGGAACAGAGGAAAAACAUUUUCCAUCACGAAUAUCAUUGCAGCUAACUCCAACGAAUCAAUCAAACAUCUUAAUGGUAUCCGUACAAAAAUCCUCAGAGAACCCAUUGAGAGAAUUCGAACUAGAGAAAGGCAUAGAAGCAACAAUAGAGCCACCAAACACGUUCUUUGGACUUAAAGUCUCAGCCAACGAAACCACAACAAAGAGCAUGAAGCCAUGGAAAUUCGAGGAAUGGGUUCAUGGUUAUAGCGCGAAUCUCACUUGGUUUCUCCAUGACCUUGAUGAUGGAAGAGAAGUUUCAUCCUCUAAACCAUCAAAGGUCUCGGUGAUGAACCCUCGAGCUUGGUUCAAGAACCGGUACUCGAGCGCGUUUAGACCGUUCACUAAGCAAGGAGGAGUUGUAUUUGCAGGAGAUAGUUAUGGGCAAAGCGUUUUAUGGAAAGUUGAUAAAACAGCUAUGGGGAAAGUGAUGGAGUUUGAGGUUAAAGGUUGCGUUUGGUUGACUUAUUGGCCUAAUAAGCAUCAUACUUUUUAUAGUGAUACUAGAAAGUUGGAAUUUAAGGAGAUGCUUUACCUUAAUCUUCCUUAG